AUGAAGUCUUUCUCCUAUCUUCUGGGCUUGAUGGCAAGCUUUGUUGUAAUCUGCUCCGCGAAUUUUGACCUUUACAUCCAGAUUGCCACCUUCUACAACGGGCCAGAAUUCACUCAAGUGCAACGUCAGUGGGCUAUUUUUGAGGCUGACCCGAGUUGCGGAGAGGCUGUUGACCAGCCGUGGUAUUAUGACCGCGGAGAUGUCUCUGUUGCCAGAGGCGUCCGCUGCGCCGGCGAUGGCUGUGAUCCUACAGGGGCUGCAAGCGAGAUCACCAAGCUUGAGAUGAACUUGGGAUUUGAUGAUGACGUCUGGCAUUGGACGAUCUACCGAGACAGACCCAGAGGCCAAAACGGCGGCUACCUGAUGUACGGUUUAGAUGGUAACACUUACGGCGAGUGUAUCCUCUUUCCUGGCGACAACUGGACCUGCGAUCAAGAACCGUUCUUGAUUCUGAACGGAGCGAGGAAGUUCAGAUGCCUGACACAGUGCUCUGUAAGCGAUAUUCAGGGGUAA